AUGUUGGAUAGUGUGAAAGAAGAUAAUUUAAUUCAAAAUACGUUUCAAAUAUGUUUAAAAAAGGAAGGGGCAAAUAACACCAAGUUUCAUCUUGAGUCAUAUGAAAAUGAAUUAAAAGAAAAUAAUGAUGAAUUAUAUUUUAAAGUAGAUAAUUUAUAUUUUAUAUUAAUACAUAAAAUAGCAAGUUUGCAUAAACAAAAAAAAAACUGUUUAAGUUAUUUAUGCUCUUGUUCUGUUAGAUUACAAGAUAAGAAUUUUUUUAAAAGUUUAAAUAUAGAUUGUAAAUUUAUAGAAAAUAUAACAAAUGAAAUAUUAGAUCAAAUAAUAAAUAGUACAAUAAUAUAUUUAGAAAAUUUAGAUGUAUAUCCAAAUGUAAAAAUAUCAUAUAAAGAAAGAAUAAACGUAUUCUAUGAGUUCCUAAAAGGAUCUUGUACAUCUAGGUUUUUAAAAAAAUUAUUGUCUGUAAUUGAAGAAAAUGAUAAAACUGAGAAUGAAAAUAAUAAACAAUUAAAUAAAUUUUUUAAUCCAAUAAUAGAUAUAAUUUUAGAAAAUUUAAAUUCUAGAAAUUUAAUAUAUCCUAAAAAUGAUGUAGCAGUACUUUUAAAAUUUAUAUCAAGUUUUAAGCAAUUAGCUGAUUUGGUUGUUAAUAAUAAAUCAAUAUUUUUAUACCUUAAUUUAAAGGAUAGAGUAAAGGAUACUCUUUUAUCACAACCUCAUUUCAAAAUUGAAGAUUCUCAAAAGGAUGGAAAACAAAAAUUGGACAAUGAUAAAGUAGAUGCAAAUGAUAACGUAGAUGCAAAUGAUAAAGUGGAUGCAAAUGAUAAAGUAGAUGCAAAUGAUAAAGUAGAUGCAAAUGAUAAAGUAGAUGCAAAUGAGUCAAGCAAAAUAUACGGAUUCGAUAAAAAUGGAAAAAAUAGUAAUGAUAAAGAAAUUGGAGGAUGUGGUUAUAAUUUACAAUUAAAUAGUUUAUUAGGAAGACUUAUAUCACCUACAAUAAUAACUAUGCCAAAUAUAAAAAAUAAAGAAGAAAUUGCAAUGUAUAAAUAUUUUUAUAAUAAUACAACAAAUAGUUUAAAUAAAAUGACAUUAGCUAGUUUGAAAAAUAUAUAUACUGUAUUAAGAGGAGAUACAAAUUGGAUUUUAGAAAAUUGUGUUGAAAUAAUUAAAAAUUUAUUAAAAGGUAGUAAUGAAAGCAAAAAAAGGGUUUUGCUAUGGUUAAAUUGUAUAUUAAUAUCGAAUGAAAAAAAAACCAAAAUAAUGUAUCAUUAUUCAACUUAUCCACAAUCUUUAGAUAAUUCAUAUGGUUUAUUUUUAAAAUUAUUAGGAGAAAAUUCAUAUGGUUUUUGCUUAAAUAUUUUAUGGGUAUUAUUAUGCUUAUGUGAGCCUAUAACUAUUAACAAAAUUAAUGAUUUAGAUUUAUAUUUUUUUUUAAGAGAUGACCCAUUUUCUGGAUUUAUUUUAAAAAAUAUAACUAACCAAUCUUCAUUUGAAGAAAUAUCUAAUGUUGAAAAAAUAAAAAAUAAAGUAAAAAAUUUUGAAAGUUUUAAAAAAGAACCUAAAUUUAUUACUUGUAUAUUUUGGAUGACAUAUAAAGCUUUAAGUGUUUUUCUUAAACCCUCGAUAGAUGAAUUUAUUAGAAUAGUUCAUGGGGUUUCAAAUGCUAAAGAUAAAAAUAUUUAUUAUAUGAAUAUACAUACAUGGAAAAUAUUUUUAUACAAUUCUCGUUUUGCUCAACUUUUAUUCAAAUUUUUGAAUUUAUGUAUGAGUUACAUUUUAAAUGUAGUUUAUUUAUAUGACCGUGAUGGUAAUUUAGAUGCAUCUAUGAAAUCAUAUUUGGAUGAACAUAAAGGAAACUAUUCACAGCUAGUUUUGAAAGUUUGUCCACCUCCUAAUGAAUCAAAUAACGAGAAAACCAAAUCAGCUAAUCAUCGAAACACAGGAACUAAUAUAGAAUCCAAUACAACUGAAGAAGAUACAUCUAAUAAUGAUAGAAGUGGAAAUACAAGAAAUGAUAAUGAAUUGGAAAGAGAAAAUGGAGAUACUAACUCUGAAAAUAAUUUAUGUGCAUCUCCACAAUUUUCUAUAAUUCCAACAUUUUUUUUAAGUGACAUAUUUGAAAUAAUAUUUUUAUUAUAUGAAUUAGACACAUUUAAAACACAAAAUCAUGAAACUUUUAUGUCAUAUAUAAAUUUAGAUUUAUUUUUAGCACUUACAAUUUUUACAAUGCUUAGUGAAAAACAUAUAAAAAGUAUCCAUUUAAGAUGUGAAUCAGCUCCUAAAACAUUUACAUAUUUAUAUAAAUCAGAUAAUUUAAAAUCUAUAAUUGAAGAAUCAGAUUUGACAAAAAAAUAUAUUAUAAAAUCAUUAACAAAUGUUUUUAUUUCUUCACAAAAAGGAGAAUAUACAGAAAGAAUGCAAACUCGUUUGCGUAUUGUUGAGAAUUUGAAUAGUUUUUUUUUUAAUAAAAUAUAUGUAAAUCAAUUUACUCAAUUAAUUAUAAAUAAUAAUAAUUUGUUUGUACAUUUAAUUCAUUUAUUGUUAAAUGAUGUAAACUUUUUGGUUGAAGAAGUUGUUUCAUAUUUAUCAGAAAUAAAAAGGAGAGAAAAUAAAAAAAAAGCUAAAGAGACAUCAAGAAUGGGUUCUAGUACAAUUAGAGGAGAAAGAAAUGGAAAUUCACAAAAUGAAGAAGGAAAUUCUAAUCAAAAUAAUAAUAUAGAUAGACGAAAUAGAAAUCGAAGAGAUGUAGAAGAUGUAGAUGAAGAUGAUGUAUUAAAUGAAUUUGAUGGAGAAAGAGAUCGUUAUGAAAAUAGUUUUAAUAUAAAUUAUGAAAAUGAAGAAUAUAAUGAAGAAAGAGAAGAUAACGGAUCUGGAGGUGGAUCAGAUAUUUCAAAUGAAAGCAUGUCAAAUUUAGCAGCUAGAACAAAAAUGAUAAUAACAUAUUGUUAUGAAUCUUGUGUAUUUUUAAAUUUAUUAUGCAAAAAUUAUCCAAUAAACAUUGUAACAUCAAAUACUAUAUUAACACAAAUAGUUACAUGUUUAAAUUGUUAUUUUGAUUAUUUAGUAGGACAUAAAAGUUUAAAUAUAAAAGUAAAAAAUAUGGAACAAUAUAAUUUCAGACCUCAAUUAUGGUUAACCAGUAUAGUAGAAUCAUAUCUAUAUUUAUUAAAUUUAGAAAAAGAUUAUCAAGAUUUAUUAAUAAGAGAAAUAGCUAAUGAAGGCAGAUAUUAUAAACAAGAAAUUUUUAACAAAGCAUAUUAUAUAUGUAAAAGAGAAAGCUUAUUAAAUAAAGAAGAUUUAAACAAAUUUAAAUUAUUUUGUCAAAAUAUUAUUGAUAUGAAAGAUGAAGUUGAAUUAUUUGAUGAUACAAGUGAUAUACCAGAAAAAUUUUUAGAUCCUAUUUUACAAGAUAUAAUGUUUGACCCAGUUUUAUUACCAACAUCUGGUAUUGUUAUAGAUAGGAAAAAUAUUGAAAGACAUUUAAUGAGUGAACCUAAUGAUCCAUUUAAUAGAGCUCCUCUUUCAAAAGAGCAAUUAGUUCCUAUGCCAGAAUUGAAAGAAGAAAUACAAAAUUAUGUUAAUAAGUUGAAAGAAGAAAAAAUGAAAAAAAAAAAAAAAAAAAAUGUUGAUCUUGAUGCAGAUAUGGAUCCAAAUGAAGGAGUGGUCAAAAUAGACGAAAAAAAGGAAGAGACAGAUUCUAAUAUUAACAAAAAUGAAUUUGAUUAG